AUGGUAGAUUUUUACCCCACUAACCAUCGAAAAGCACCGGCAGGAAUGGUAGACCUUCUGAAAAACAACUUCGAUGUAUUGAAACGCCAAUAUUCUGGCGGUGGCCCAGAUUUUUGGGGUCGACUGAACCCGAAAUGGAGUCACUGUAACAAAGGCCGGCGCCAAUCGCCUAUCGACAUAAAUCCCGAGCUAUUACUGUAUGAUCCAGGUCUACUACCCGUCCACAUUAAUGGCGAUCACGUCCAUGUCGUUCCUCCCAUUCCCCACCCCUCGCUGUACUGA